AUGGGUGGUCAUGGGUUGAAAGUGCGGUGCCUUGCGAGUACGAGCGUGGAGGACUGGGAUGGCGGGUAUGCGUGUGGGCGGGAAGAAGAGGCGGAGAAAGAGGAGGACGAGAAAGAGCUGGGAGAGGGAGAGGGAGAGGGAGAGGGAGAGGAAGAGGAAGAGGAAGAGGAAGAGGAAGAGGAAGAGGAAGAGGAAGAGGAAGAGGAAGAGGAAGAGGAAGAGGAAGAGGAAGAGGAAGAGGAAGAGGAAGAGGAAGAGGAAGAGUCUGCUUCCUGGUGCACCGCAAACCUCCCAGUAGAGGACCCUGUCGAGGAAAGUGACAUGGAAAGUGAUACGUCGGACUCGGAUUCGGAUUCAGAUUCAGACGACAACGACGAAGCUUCAAGCAGUGGAGCUAGCCCAGACUCGCAGAAUGUGUCGCCAGACAAGCAGCAUGUCAGCUGUAUUCAACACGCACAGUUGUCAGCGGAUGGAUCCUGCAUCUUCACCUCAGACUACAGCCGCAUAUUCAACGUCUACCCCAUCGACUCCUCUACACCGCCUGCUGCAAGCCCUCACUCCCUCUCCCCAUACGCCUCUCUCCAAUCACCAAACCCCAUCUGGGCCUUCGCAGCCAACCCACUCUUCAACUUCCAAGACGCCACCACCACACACGUCCUCAUCAGCCGCAGAGACUCGUACAUCACCCUCCACAACGCCCUCUGGGACAUCAACCAAACCAACCCCAACCCCUCCCCUACCCCCAAAACCCCAAUCGACAUCUCCACCCCUCUCUCCUUCUACAAAAACAUCAACCCCCUCACCGAAGCCGUCACCGCCCCCCUCAGCCUCACCUACUCCCACACCGGAACCCACUUCUUCGCCGGCCUCCAAAACUCAAUCGCAACCUUUGAUCUCACCCACACCGCCGCCCCAAUCCACACCACCCCCACCAUCCCCAGCCUACGCAACAAACUCAAAGGCGGCGGCCGCGGCUUCAAAGGCUCCAUCUCCGCACUCGCACUCUCCCCUCCCUCCCCUUCCCACUCCUCCAACGGCCUCCUCGCAGCAGGCUCUCGCACCCGCUACAUCGGCCUCUACGACGCCCACCACGCCCAGGAAAUCACUUCCUUUCCACUGCCCGGCACCACCGUGCGCCCCGCAUCCCACAACCGCAUCCUCGCUUCCGUCAUGGGCGAUGGCGUCUCAAGCCUGCAGUGGAGUCCCUGCGCUAAAUACCUGUACGUCGCCGAACGAAACACAGAUGUCCUGCUCAUCUACGACGUCCGCAACUUCUCCCUCGCCCUCGCCUACUGUGCUGGCCGCACGGCGCAGACCAAGCAGCGGCUCGGCUUUGCCGUGUGGAAUGCCGGCGCCGCCUCGCGGUCUGAUGGCGAGGCCGUGGCGCAUGAGGUUUGGGCUGGUGGGAUGGAUGGGUAUGUUAGGGUUUGGAGGGAUCCAUAUGUUAAAGAGGGGGCGGUUGAGGCGGAUGAGGUGAUUAGGGUUGGGGGUGUGGCGGGGGCGGAGAUGCCUGUUGUGAGUACACUUGUGCAUGAGGGUGGGGGGUUGGCGGUUGCGGCGGGUGGGAGGGUGGUUGUUGGGCAGGAUGAUGGUGGUGCUUCUGCUGGUGCUGCUGUUACAAGGGGGAAAAGAAGAGGGGGUCGGGGUAUCAGGCCGCUGUUCAGGGAAUGGGGGCGUUUAGAUAUCUUGUCUCUAGUGUGA